CUCAUCUGUCCAACAUACCGCCAUCAUGAUGAGCGGGAUUCCUAUCAACAUCAUUCGGUCACCAUCCACUCCUCAAAGGAGACGCAGACAUGGCAAUGUUUGUUUGAGUGAAAAUUCUUGAUGAAGCUUUGGCGUUCGAACUCAACCCGCACUGGACUUGUGCAGCGAUAAAUUUGCAAAGUCGGAACAGAUCAGGGGCAGACGCAGACACUCCGCGCGUGGAAAUGUGGACAAGGACACGAGUAAACCUCAUGUUUAAAAUGUUUUGCAAAGCAGAACGCCUUGUUCCGCGGCGCGGCGGGCAUCGGUUGGUACAUCCACCAUGCAAAAAGGGAUACAUGAAGGCCAAGAGCAAGCAGAAUGGGCAAUUCAGACGACUCAGUUCCUCUCAGGGAUACUUGUCGGCGCUGCGAAGCGUGGCUUUCAUCCUCCACACCUUCAGCUUCGCGCCCAUCAAACUCACUCAAUUCGACAUCGCCAUUCAAGACUUGCUGCGCAAGUUGCAGACAGACGGAAUAUUGGAUUGGGUGCAGAGGGCGGGUCUACGGGCAGUGCAUCUGACCCUUCCCCCCUCGAAGCGCGCUGUCUCGGGCCUUGGACCUCCACCACAGCGAACGGUCGGCUGGAUGUAGCCCACUGGAAACAAGGGACCACCCAACACCUUCUGGCCACCUCAACUCAGCUCGCCUUCACCACUCGCCGUCGGCUAGGAGACAGACAAACCACACUGGAAAACAGGAGCACUGAGAGAAGAACGUCUGCCUUUGAAGCCAAAUCAAUCAUCCCCCGGCGCGGAGUCAAUUUCCACUGCAAAUCAAUCAAGCGUCCAUCAUCCAUCAAUCACGCAACCCAGGAAAAUUUUCAACAGACACUUCAAUGCCCUCCAUCUCCAGCUUUGCAAGAGAGCGACCUUCCCAGCUUCUCUAAGUGCUCCUCGGGAGUUGGCUUCUCCUCCAGCACCGCUCGCUCUUCCAGGAUUCCAUCAACUGCGCCUUCCACAGGCACCAAAGCGUCAAACGAUUUUACUAUAGACCAAGUGGUCGAGAGAGAAAAAUCGUAACUUCUACAUGUCAAUCUCAUAUCAACACUCCAUACACAAACCACACACACAGUCUUGCCAUACCCAUGCCGUUCCUGAUUGCUAACCAACUUUUACAGUCCUCUCCAGGCAAGAGACAACACGAUCGCCCUCCAUCAUUCCCCUACCAUCACAAUUCUGUGUCUUCGGCGCAUUCACCACACCACAAUCCCUGCCGCUUCGACGCAUUUAGACUAGUGC